ACAAACACACCCGGGGACCAAGCGAGUCCUCAGUCCUGCUGAAAGUUCUGGAGAACAGGCUCAGAGCCGACCAGAGUCCCGGAAGUCCAGACAGGAUAUAAAAGGGAGCAACACACGGACAUUACUUUAAUUUAAACUCCCAAAGACGGACAGGGGACUCGGGUUUGUUCGGUUCAGCUCCGGAUAUAUAGAUAAACAAAACAGAACUUUUCAGUUACAAAAAGCUGUUUCGGUGGUUUUCCUGCAGCUUUUCUGUUUAGCCACGGUCUGUUUAUUACUUUCAUUCCGACCGAAAAAGAAACUCAACAGCUGACUGACGACACGUUGAGCAACCGGGACAAUAAUAAUACCGAAACAAAGACGUCACCACGGACACUCCGCUCUCCUACUGUAGCAGUUUAAAUUCAGAGCAAAACCUUUUUGUUUUUAUUUCUUCAACCGCUUCUGCUCCAUAGACAGACUGCUGCUUUGAGUCUCCUGGCUUCCUGUUUACCUGCAGCCCCUCUCUAAAGCACAAGAUGAGCAUGGGCGUGACUGCAGCCAGUUCUCAGCGCUGUCUGAAGAGACUGUUGGAUGAGCCCCAGGACAAUUCACCGAAAUGGAAAGCAGCUCGUCUGGAUCCGACCCCUCCGGCCAACGGACUCUCGCAGUGCUUCAGGCCCAGAAGCCCCUCGCCCAAGCCCCACCAGAGCCAAUCGCCAUCCAGAGUCGGAUCCUACAUCCUGUUUGAACGCUGCGAGGGCGAGAAAACUUACCGGGCCGAGCACGCGCACACAAAACAGCAAUACACCUGCCAGGUGCUUCCUCUGCGUGGUUACCAGGGACGGUUGGCUGCUUACUCCCGCAUAGGUGACCAUGACAACAUCUGCAGCCUGCAGGACGUAGUGAUUGGCGAGGACAGCGUGUACGUCUUUCUUCCCCGUCACCACGGUGACAUGCACGCGUACGUGCGAAGCAGGAAGCAUGUCGGCGAGGAGGAGGCGGGGCAUCUGUUCGCUCAGAUGCUGAGCGCCGUGACGCACUGUCACCAGCACGGCGUUGUCCUGACAGACCUGAAGCUCCGCAGGUUCGUCUUCACCGACAAAUACAGGACACGUGUUGCUCUUCUCGGCCUCGAUGACUGCGUCCUCCUCCAGGGGAACCAUGUUGAUGACUCUCUGACGGACAGACACGGCUGCCCCGCCUACGUCAGCCCCGAGCUACUGACCAAUAGGCGCAAGUCUUAUUCCGGCCGCGCCGCAGACACCUGGAGCCUGGGCGUGUCUCUGUACACCAUGCUGAUUGGACGAUACCCAUUUCAGGACACACAACCUGCCGCGCUGUUUGCUAAGAUCCGCCACGGGGCCUUCAGCCUGCCUGAUUGGCUCUCACCCCGAGCAAAGUGUCUGAUUGGCUGCAUGCUGAGGAAGUCGCCCGCAGAGAGACUGACGGCGUCGGAGCUGCUGAUGCACCCGUGGCUGAACAAUCCGCGCACACCACAUCACAAAACGCAAAAGACUCAUCACAGCUCACACAAAACACCACAGGCUAAACAAGAGGACGAUGACCAGGUGGUCCCAACAUGGACGGAAAAACACUAACACACGUUUGUACUUCUAUACUUGUGAGGACCCAAAAUAAUUUAAUUCAAGUCCACAGAGUUUCAAAAAAGUAUUAUUGUUUGCAUCGAUGCCAUAAAGAAAGCCUACAGAUAGCUUCUUAUUUAGCAAGUUCUUCAGACCUCUCAGGAAAAAGUGUAUUUGAAUAUAUUCUGCUCAGAGUGAUGUAGUCAAGACACAUUGCUUUGUGUUUUUACAUUUCACUGAGGUUGUUCCACCGUACGCCAAAUCCGCCCAGGGUAACUGUGGAUACACACAUUGGAAAAUAAAAACACCAUCCUCUUAUGGUUUUGGUGUUGCAAUUGUUGAAGCAUGUCCUUUUCUGUGGUAAAUCAAGUAUUCAUUUACACAGGAACUUGAAAGAGACAGACAGGAUUGCAUAAUUAAAGGAAGGAUUAUUAUUGGGAAACCAAUCUAAAAUGCUGAUAGUGUCAUUCUUCUACAGCCCUCACAUUCUGCAAUGAAGGAACAUUUAUUUAAUCAUAAAUGUAUUCCAUAACUUGUCUAUUGCCACUAAGUCAAUUAGCCCCAACCCUUGGGGGACCUUAACCCGAUAUUAAGUAUAAGAAAAAACAAAGAAAAAAAAAGCCAGUCAAAAAUUGAAGUAGUCCUCACAAAGAUAGACAUACAAGAACACACACACACACACCCCUGGGUUACUUGACCAGACUCACGUGUGCCUUCCUCAACAAGCGACUUCUAAAGAACAGAAAUGCCCAGUUCCCUGAAACAAUGUAAAGUUGACAUUAAUGUUGGGACAGCAACUUCCUCUCAGUGUUUACACUUCCUGUUUGCUCCCUAGAAUUAUAAGACAAGGAUCGAUCCGUUUGAAAAUCAGCAGACAUCUGUCUGAAAAACAGAAAUACCCAGAGAAACUUAAAAAGUUUAGAUUGAGCUUAAGUCUGUCUUUAAAUGAACAACUCGUCCCUUUCUUUUCUGCUGAUCCUAGUGUAAUGGAAGCUAUUUUUUCAUGAUUAAACCUCCAUUCACACUCCAUUGAUUUCUCUUUUUGGGGUGCCAAUAAAACUGGUUAUCCAAAAUAAAAAUAACUAACUAUUUCCUGGAUGUCAUAUAUAUUCACCUCAGAAAAAAUAGCAGGAUUAUUCUGGGACACUGAAAGUGUCUCUGGAUCGACCAGCAUCCCAAAAUAACAGUGCUGAUGUGUGUCAACGGAAGGGUAUAAUGACAUCUCAGAAUGAAGGAUUGAUUAUAAGCACUGUGUGUUCAAUCAUAAUAUGAAAAUAGCGAUGUUGUAAUCUUAAAAAAAAACAAUUCCCAACUCUCAAGUCUUUGACAGACCGACCAUGCAACCAGCCAAUAGGAUGCCUUCUUCUGAAUGUGUCACACCUCAGUUCCAGAGAAAAAAUAAAAGAUGUUUCACCAACUGA